UCACUUUCGCCCAACGAUGCCCCCUGUUAAUUCCGCCGUGAUUCCUUGAAGUUUGCUUACUUACUUCAUGUACCGUGGUACUUAGGAGCUUAUCAGCAAACCGGUUACAGAGGCCGAGUAAAGGCGGCGGCCAAUUUCUUUUCGCCCGGGCCAAGACCAUUAACAGCAUGCUACCGGGGGGAAUUCAGUGCCACUUUCCCAUUAGGCAUCUCCCUUUGAUUCCCUUCACUUUACACCAUGGAUUGUAAACUCCUCGUCGCAAACCGUGGCGAGAUUGCUGUCCGAAUACUCAACAGCGCCAAGAAGCUGUCCAUACCAACUGUCGCCAUUUAUACCCAUGCAGACGCGUCGGCACCACAUGUUGCUCUUGCUGACGAAGCUUACGCUGUCGGACAUGGUCCCGAUGGCGAAGGAUCCAACCCCAGAGGAUAUCUCGAGAUGGAUGAAAUUGUGACUAUUGCUAAGAAGUCGGGCGCAACACUUCUUGCUCCUGGAUAUGGCUUCCUUUCUGAAAAUCCAGACUUUGCAGAGUUGUGUCAGAACGAAGGCAUUACUUUCCUAGGGCCCACUCCUGAGCAGAUGACCAAGAUGGGUCUGAAGCACGAAGCGCGACAAGUCGCAAUUGAAGCAGGUGUACCGGUUGUUCCUGGGAGCGAUGGUAUUGUCGAUACGCUCGAACAAGCCAUGGUCACUGCACAAAGGAUAGGCUAUCCUGUUAUGCUCAAAGCGACUGGUGGAGGCGGAGGUAUGGGCAUGCAGAUAUGUGAAGACUCUAGCGAUCUUGAGAAGCAUUUCGUUGCUACACAGGCCAAGGGUGGUGCGCUAUUCAAGAACUCUGCCGUAUUUUUAGAGAAAUAUGUCAGAAAAGCUCGCCACAUAGAGAUACAGAUUUUUGGCAAUGGUGAAGGCUUUGUCACCCAUUUCUCCGAGAGAGAAUGUAGCGUACAACGAAGGCAUCAGAAAGUUAUCGAAGAAGGUCCUAGUCCAUUUUUGAGCGAUGGACGUGCCAACGUGAGGAAGGCGAUGUGCGAAGCCGCCGUUCGCCUCUGCUCCAGCAUCAAUUACCGUUCCGCUGGUACCGUCGAAUUCGUUGUCGACGAUGAAACUGGGGACUUCUACUUCCUCGAGCUCAACGCUAGAGUUCAGGUCGAGCACGCAGUCACCGAAAUGAUCAACUCUGGACUGGAUCUCGUCGAGCUCAUGAUCAAGCUCGGUCUCAAGCAGAAAGCCGGUUUAUCGUUGAAUGCGGACGAGAUACCGGUGCAUUCUGGCCCCACAGGACAUGCGAUUGAAGCUCGGGUAUAUUGCGAAAACCCUAUGUAUGGACAAUUCCAGCCCUCCCCCGGGACCCUUCACCUUGUUCAGUGGCCUGAGCCCCGCCCUUGGCUCCGCAUCGACACUUGGGUUGGUACGGGAGUGCACGUUACACCCAAUUACGACCCAAUGAUCGCCAAACUCAUCGUUUCCGGUGCCGAUCGUACAGAAGCUCUGAAACGAAUGGAAGAGGUGCUCGUAGAGACCUUGAUCCUUGGUCCUCCGAACAACCUUGAAUAUCUUGCUGAAAUCGUGCGGAGCGUGCAGUUCCAGCUUGGUCAGGUGACGACGACCUACUUGUCGACGAUGGAAUUCAUCCCUCGCGCUAUAGAAGUACUGGAGGGAGGCAUCUUGACGACAGUACAGGAUCUUCCGGGACGACCGACAGUCGGUAAUGGUACUCCUCUCGGUGGAGCGGCGGACAUGCUUGCUGCGAAGGUCGCCAACAUGUUGGUUGGGAACAAGCCGGAGACGGAGUUGCUCGAGGCGACGAUGAUUGGUCCCACCCUCAAGUUUCAUAGAGCAACAGCGGUCGCGGUUACCGGUGCUGCAAGUCCGGUCACACUGGAUGGCGCACCUGUGAAGGUGUGGACGCGUCUAUCAAUCAAGGCUGGCAGCGUCCUGAAGAUUGGAACUUCGACGCAUGGAUUACGCGCAUAUAUCGCCGUUUUCGGUGGCCUACCUGGUUCUGCUAGUUUCAUGGGUUCCAAAAGCACGCUGAUUUUGGUUGGAGUCGGAGGAUAUCAAGGCCGACAGCUUGUUAAAGGAGACAUUCUCUCCCUCAGUCCGCAUUGUGAUUCUGUUGACGAUACUGCUGCUUCUGUUCCAGAGCAUCUCAUUCCUCGUUAUCCCAACGAGUGGGAUAUCGAGGUUCUGCCAGCGGCGCAAUGGGAUCACGAAUAUCUGUCCCAAGAAGGGCAGGAAAUGCUCACAUCAGCGAAGUGGAAGGUAAGCCCUUCAAGUGGACGCAGUGGGCUUAGGUUGGACGGUCCUCGAAUUAAGUGGGCGAGAAAGCAUGGCGGAGAAGGUGGCUCCCAUCCUUCUAACGUAGUUGACCAAGGUUUGUCAUGCUAUUCGAUUGGGGCGCUCAAUGUGAACGGUGAUACUCCCGUUCUAUUUGGUGUCGAUGCUCCUGAUGCUGGCGGUUUUGCUAACGUCCUCAAUGUACCCGCUGCUUCUCUUUGGAAACUGGGUCAGAUACGACCAGGCGACACCAUUACAUUCAAGGGGAUCAGCCAGAGCGACGCACCUUGCCUACAUCAACGGAAUGAUACUUGGCUUGCUGCCGUUGAGGCGAGCAUCAAGUCUGAAACUUCUACCAUGGUGUCUUCAGGCAUACUGGACUGGAUUUCCACUGGCCAAAUACCUGAAUCAUCCUUACGAGCACAUAUACCCGCCUCGGCUCUUCGCCCAGAAUCUAAGAUACGCCAGGUCGGAGAUUCAUUCCUCUUCUUAGAAGUCGGCCCGAUGCGUCUUGAUGUCGUUAUCUGUGCGAGAUUGGAGUCGUUUCUACGCGAACUCAACAAGCGCCAGAUCCCAGGAAUCCUGACGACGCUUUUGCUAAUCCGAAGCUUGAUGAUACACUUUGAUGAGCGAGUUACUGAUGCGGAGGCACUACUGAAGAUAAUGAUCGAGAUUGAUGCUGACCUUCCCGACGCGAUGCACAUGCUGCCCCUUGAAGUAGAUGUAUACCGGAUGCCUCUGGUCCCCGAUGACUCGUGGUGUCAAGACGCUGUAGACCGGUACAUGAAAACGGUUCGAUCACAGGCGGUGUAUCUACCAAACAACGUGGAAUACAUUGCGCGCUGCAGCGGGAUGAAGUCGAAGUCAGAGGUCGCUGAUUCAAUGCUAGCCUCUCCAUGGUUAGUUUUUGGGACUGGGUUCUUUGUCGGCCUGCCCUUUAUCUCUCCGAUGGAUCCCCGAAAGCGCCUCUUGGGGCAAAAGUACAACCCCACUAGGCUUUAUACACCUGAAGGCGCCGUCGGUUUGGCCGGAGUUGUCGGCUCUAUAUAUCCACUGGAAUCAGCGGGUGGCUAUCAGCUACUCGGUCGGACAUUGAGUACUUGGAAUACAUGGAGUGACUCUCAUUUCAUGAUGAAGAGAUUCGAUCAGAUUGAGUGGUAUCGGGUUUCAGAGGAAGAGUACCUCAAGAUCUCUCGGGCAUUCAAAGCGGGAAAAUUCAAGCCGGAAGUCAGAAAGGUGUUAUUUUCUCUGUCAGAGUACGUUGAACAGAACAAAGUGCAUCAAGCCGAGGUGGAUGCUAUUAUCAAGACGCAAAAGGAAAUGAGCGCAGCCGAAGCUUUGAGGGAAGAAGAGCUAUUCAAGAAUUGGAUAGCUGCCAAAGAAGCGGAGAAGUCUUCUGGGGGAAGUACCAGCACGUCAGAUGAUUCGGGUAUUCCAGUAUCCAGUCCGCUGUCUGCGAAUGUGUGGAAGGUUGAAGUCAAGGUUGGGCACCAGAUCAAAUCAAGCACGGAAACAGCGAUGAUUCUCGAAGCAAUGAAGACCGAGGUUGCGAUCAACUUUGGUGAAGAAGAGGUUGGGAAGACUGUCACGGCUAUUGCAGUUCAACCUGGGGACUCAGUGAAUGCUGGACAAGUGUUAUAUUAUGUGUCCUAGCGCGAUAUGGUUUGGGUAUAGAUCAGUUUCCCUUUGUCAAUACAUUUAUUUCCGGAGGUAAACUUGGGAUUUUGGACUCUUAAAUUCUGAAAAUCAGUGCUGG